AUGUCUGAUGCAAUUGAGGCUGUGGAGCAGGAAUGGGGCUCUGGUUGACUGGCCGCGGAUAGUGAGUGGGGGGUCCGCCGAAGGUCUUGGGAGCCCCUGCCUUCCCUCUGCUGGAAAUACCCCUAAAAGCCGCCUCUAACACAGCCACCCGCGCCGAGAAGACCCGCGAUGCCAGGAAUGGUCAGUAAAAACCCAGACCUCGAGUUUGACUCUUUGCAGCCCUGUUUCUACCCGGACGAAGAUGAUUUUUACUUGUGCGGGCCGGACUCUGCCCCCCCAGGGGAAGACAUCUGGAAGAAGUUCGAGCUGCUGCCCACGCCGCCGCUGUCGCCGAGCCGGGCCGGGCUGCAGGAGCCGCCGCCGGCGGGCGGCCCGGCGCCCUGGGCAGCGGCCGCGCUGGGCGGCUGCCGCCCCGCCGACCCCCUGGACUGGGCGUCCGAGCUGCUCCUGCUGCCCCCCGAGGCCGACCUGUGGGGCGGCGCGGACGGCGGCGACUUCUUCGAGACGGGGCCCCCCGGCGCGAGCAGCAACCUCAACUCCAUCAUCAUCCAGGACUGCAUGUGGAGCGGCUUCUCGGCGCGCGAGAAGCUGGAGCGCGCCGUGAGCGAGAAGCUGCAGGUAUUGCCCAAAGAUGAUGAAGAUGAGGAGGAAGAGGAUGAAGAAGAAGAAAUUGAUGUUGUGACAGUGGARAAAAGGCGCUCCUCCUCCAACAAGGCUGUUACCACCCUUACUAUCACAGUGCGCCCUAAAAAUACCACUUUUCCACCAGUCAGGACACAGCAGAACGAACUGAUUUUGAAGCGCUGCGCACCAAUUCACCAGCAACAUAAUUACGCCGCUCCUUCCCCGUACAUGGAGAGUGAAGAUGCUCCACCACCGAAAAAGUUAAAACCCGAGGUGCCCCGUCCAGUGAAACCCAUGAUCCAACCAAAGUCUAAGAGUUCAAGUCCUCGAAAUUCUGACUCGGAGGAUAGUGAGCGUCGACGUAACCAUAACAUCCUGGAGCGUCAGCGGCGUAACGACCUGCGGUCAAGUUUCCUCACGUUAAGGGACCAUGUUCCAGAACUGGUUAAAAACGAGAAAGCUGCAAAAGUUGUGAUCUUGAAAAAAGCCACUGAGUAUGUCCAUUCCCUUCAGGCCGAGGAGCAGAAGUUACUGCUAGAAAAGGAAAAAUUGCAAGCCAGGCAACAACAGUUGCUAAAGAAAAUAGAAUACAAGCGGACUUGCUAAACUUCUUUGUUUUCUUCUUUUUUUUUUGGCUGACCAGGACAGUCAUUGCCACUUUGCACAUUUUUGAUUCUUUAAAAAAAAAUUGUGUUUUUUGACGUUAAGAAUGUUGGUUUUACUUUCAAUCCAGUCCCUGAAGUAAUCGACAAACUAUAUUUUCCGGGUACGGAGCAAAUGGAUGUUCUUGCAAGGAUUUUAUUGCAAGACUACCAAACAACAAUGGACUGCCUUUGUUUUUCUUCUUAAGAACUGUAGAUGGUGGGAUUUUUUUUUAAUUGUUGUGAGCAUUUGGAGCUGCUGAUGACAUCUAGUUGAGUUUUUAAAAAUGUUCAUUCCUAAUUUUUAUGGUGCUUACGUUCUAACAGAUGUUACUUUAGGGGUUCGCAUUUGUACCCCUGUGGGAAUUUUCUGUAAAUACCAUCUACACACUUGCCUUUUGUACAUGUCUUGGGUUAUGAGAGGUGGCUUCUGCUACCAGUAUUAGACUGGAAGUUCAUACCUAAGUACUGUAAUACCUCAAUGUUUGAGGAGCAUGUUUUUGUAUACAAAUAUAUUGUUAAUCUCUGUUAUGUACUGUACUAAUUCUUACAUUGCCUGUAUACUUUAGUAUGAUGCUGAUACAUAACUAAAUUUGAUACUUAUAUUUUCGUAUGAAAAUGAGUUGUGAAAGUUUUGAGUAGAUAUUACUUUAUCACUUUUUUGAACUAAGAAACUUUUGUAAAGAAA